AUGCGUUCUGCGGCGUCAUUGUUCUAUUUGGCUGUCUUCACUCUGUUGCAACCAAGUGCAGCGCGAUCGCAUAGACCUGCAGAAGUGGAAACAGGUCCUGCAGAUGUAUGCGCAAUAGACCCGAAGUCAAUUGUUUCGGAUGCGUGCGCUUCGUAUGCAACGCUAGAGUCACUGAAUUCCGAUCUUUUCCAGUCUUUAGAUUCAAUUACCAAGUCCACAGAUUUCUUCGCAUACUACCGACUAAACCUCUUCAAUAAAGAAUGUCCAUAUUGGUCAGAUGCCAAUUCCAUGUGUGGCAACAGAGCGUGUGCAGUGGACACAUUGGAGAAUGAGGAGGAUAUACCUCCUGUAUGGCGAGUGGAAGAGUUAAGUAAGCUUGAAGGCUUGCAUGCAAAUCAUCCUGGGAGACAGCAACAAGAAGAGAGACCGAAGGCUAGACCUCUUCAGGGUAUGCUAGGUGAAGGUGUGGAUGAGAGCUGUGUGGUGGAGUAUGACGACGAAUGCGAUGAGAGGGAUUACUGUGUUCCUGAAGAUGAAGGCGCAGCCGCAAAAGGUGACUAUGUCAGUCUGGUGAACAACACAGAAAGGUUUACUGGAUAUGCUGGACCUGGUGCACGUCAAGUCUGGGAUGCCAUAUACAAAGAAAAUUGCUUCUCACGACCUCCGCCCCAAUUAUCGACCUUUGGUAGACCAUCACCCUUAGACGCUGCCAAAGACCUUCGAAGUAUGAUACAGGGACACAAGGUGGGAUCUCCUAUCAGUCAUGAGGACGAUUCCUAUCCGCUAGACGAUCAAUGCUUGGAGCAAAGGGCUUUCUACCGGAUCAUCAGUGGAAUGCAUGCCUCGAUCUCAACCCACAUCUGCUGGGACUAUUUCAAUCAGACAACAGGAGAGUGGGUUCGAAAUCUUGACUGCUACAAAGAACGACUGCACGAACAUCCCGAGCGGGUUUCGAAUCUCUACUUCAACUAUGCCCUGGUCACCCGAGCACUCGCCAAGCUGCAGAAGCACUUGGAGCAUUACACAUUUUGUUUAGGCGACCCAGCCCAGGAUUUUGAAACCAAGCAAAGAGUCAUAGAGCUAAUCAGUCGUAUUACAUCUGCGCCUCCCACUUUCGACGAAUCCCGCAUGUUUCAAGAUCCAGCCAUGCUGGAACUUAAAGAGGAUUUUCGCAAUCGCUUCCGGAAUGUCUCUCGUCUGAUGGACUGUGUCGGCUGCGACAAAUGCCGGCUGUGGGGCAAACUCCAGACAGCAGGCUAUGGCGCAGCUCUCAAAGUCCUCUUCGAAUUCGACGAGACCAAAAAUGGCGAGAAUCCGCACCUUCGACGAACAGAACUCGUCGCCCUCGUCAACACGCUGGCUCGCAUCUCCCACAGCCUUACAGCAAUCCAGCAUUUCCGAGCCGCCAUCAAGGCCGAAGAUCAGGACAAGAACAACAACAGCAAUAACUACCUUAUCUCCACCAAGCAGACCCGUCAAGAUCCAGAAACGCAACCAGGCCGCAGAAUGUUUGUUCAACAAGACGAAUUCCAGGACUUUCCGGACGACGACUUCGCCGACGAGGAUGAAACACCAGCGCCACAAUCUUUCAGCCAAGAAUUCUGGGCCGAGAUCGAUCUCGUCUGGCGAGCAUACAAAUACGUGCUAUCCAGCUGGAUCAGCCUGCCAUUCAAGACCUGGGCCAUCAUGAUCAUGGAGAUCAAUCGGCUGUGGAAUUAUUGGUUGGGGCUGCCGGUGCCGCCGAGGUCGUGGGAUUUUCAUCUGCCGACUAGAGAUGAGCUGUGA